GGGACACUUUUUUUUCGAGUGACUCGAACGCAAGGGUGAACGGAAAUAGUGACCUUCCAAGGGGAACCGGUUUAAUCCUUUAAAGACGAGACAGGUCCUGCGGGUAAACGUCCUGGAAGGAUGAUCGCAGCUCCGGAAACGGUGCAGUGGCUCUCACUGGUAUUUCUGCUGGCGAAUCACGUGGCGGAGGCUGAACGGCCGCACAUUGUGUUUAUUUUGGCCGACGAUUUGGGAUGGAACGACGUCGGUUUCCACGGUUCCGGGCAGAUACCGACGCCCAAUAUCGACGCGCUGGCGUUCUCCGGGCUGCUGCUGGACCGGUAUUACGUAAGCCCGAUCUGCACGCCGUCCAGGAGCGCUUUGAUGACCGGCAAGCAUCCCAUUCACACCGGAAUGCAACACGGGGUGCUGAAGUGCGCCGAGCCGAGAGGACUUCCUCUUCACGAGAAACUACUUCCGGAGUACCUUAGAGAGCUCAGAUACAAAACCCACAUCGUUGGAAAAUGGCAUCUGGGCUUCUACACAAAGGAAUACACGCCCACUUACAGGGGUUUCGACUCACACCUUGGAUUUUGGAGCGGCCAUCAGGAUUAUUUCGAUCACACCGCGGUUGAAAGUCCGUACUGGGGUCUGGACAUGAGGCGCGGCCUCGAUACAGCUUGGGACCUCCACGGCCAAUAUUCCACCGACAUUUUCACCAAACACGCGGUGAAACUGAUCGACGAACACAAUACGACUGAUCCCCUGUUCCUAUAUCUCGCCCACGCAGCGGUGCACUCUGGGAACCCUUACAACCCUCUACCAGCGCCCGACCACGAGGUCGCCAAGUUUAAUCAUAUCAAUGAUUACAAUCGAAGACGCUUCGCUGGCAUGCUAACCAAACUAGAUGAGUCUGUUGGCCGUGUGGUCGAAGCGCUCCGCAAGAAGGGGAUGCUGAAGAACAGCAUCAUAGUGUUCUCCACGGAUAAUGGCGGUCCGCCGGCCGGUUUCAAUCUGAACGCAGGGUCUAAUUGGCCGCUGAGGGGCACAAAGAACACUCUUUGGGAAGGUGGUGUGAGAGGAGCUGGUUUGAUAUGGUCUCCCAGGUUGCAGCAGAGAGGAAGGGUUAGCAGGCAACUCUUCCACAUCAGCGAUUGGCUGCCGACGUUAAUAUCUGCCGCCGGCGGUGAUCCGUCCAAUUUGAAUAUCGACGGAGUGGAUCUGUGGGGAGCACUGAACGACGACACCGAGUCACCGCGGAAAGCUGUGCUCCAUAACAUCGACGACAUAUUCGGUGUGUCAGGAAUCACUGAUGGCGAUUGGAAACUUGUUCAAGGAACUACUUAUAACGGGCAAUGGGACGGCUGGUACGGUCCAUCCGGAAGGGAAUGGGUCUACGACGUCGGAGGUGUGAUCGGUAGCGUGGCAGGGCGAGCAGUGGCCACCAUCGGUUUAUCAUUGUCAGCGGAAGUCAUUCGUCGACUCCAAGCGGAAGCAGUGGUCAAAUGUCCACCGAGAAACGAUAGCGUGCCGCUCUGCAAACCUCUUGAAUCGCCUUGUCUAUUCAACAUCCAUAAAGAUCCGUGCGAGUACAAUAAUCUUUUCAAGGAGUUCCCCCAGAUUGCUCAGGACCUUCAAAACGGGCUGAAAUUUUUGAACGUCACCGCUGUGCUGCCUGGAAAUCUUCCCUGGGACGACAGAGCGAAUCCACAGUUCUGGGAUCACACGUGGACCAAUUUCGGCAACUAUCUAAACGUGUUCGAAACCGCUUCGGUGGAAGCUACCUGAUGGAGCUCGAGGACAGGAGUACCUUCGUUUACCAAAGUGUUGCAAGAACUGGUCGGUUAAUCGACAGGGAAAUAUUGUUUAAUAAAUGAUCGAA